AUGGGCUUACCGGACGGCAUACAAGACACCAAUUGGCAUGUCUUCUUACUAAUUGGUUUUGGUAAAGCUUGUCACCUUCCAGUGGAACUUGAGCAUAAAGCGUUGUGGGCUUUGAAAAAGUUGAACCUUGAAUGGGGCGAAGCUUCGCAAUUAAGGAUGGAUCAAAUCAAUGAGCUGGAUGAAUUCCGAUUUCAACCCUAUGUGAGCUCUUCCAUCUACAAAGCCCGCAUGAAGCAUUUCCAUGACAAAAAGAUCUUGCAAAGAGAGUUCAUCCCCGGAGAUAGGGUGUUGUUGUUUAAUUCAAGGCUCCGGUUAUUUUCGGGUAAAUUGAAGUCCAAGUGGUCCGGGCCCUUUGAAGUGACACAAGUAUUCCCACAUGGAGCAAUUGAACUUAUUGGUCCGGAUGGAGAGCAGUUCAAGGUGAAUGGGGAAAGGGUUAAGCAUUACUUUGGCUUACCCAAUGAAGCAAAGGCAAUGGAGGUCAUCUACCUCAAUGAACCAUAA